AGUAUAGUAUGAAAGAUAAAGGCACACCAGAGAGCACCAUGAGAGACAACAGAGAGAUCAUGGAAAGGGAAUUGUUGGAAAGAGAGAGAGAAGUCACGAGAUAUGGGUUUUUUGGUGCAAUAAGAUUUGAUGUUUUAGUUGAAGAAGUGAAGCAAUUGGGUUACAUAGCAGGACCAAUGGUGGUUGUGACUUUGUCUCAGUAUCUCUUGCAAAUAAUUACCAUUAUGAUGGUUGGUCAUCUUGAUAAGCUCUUCCUUUCUAGCACUGCCAUUGCCAUCUCUCUCUGUACUGUCACCGGCUUCAAUAUCCUUUUAGGAAUGGCUAGUGCACUGGAAACCAUAUGUGGGCAAGCAUAUGGAGCUGAGCAAUAUCAAAAACUUGGGCUUCAAACUUACACUGCCAUAUUUUGUUUGUUCUUGGUUUGCCUUCCCUUAUCUUUAAUUUGGAUCUACAUGGGAAAGUUACUUGUUUUGAUUGGUCAAGACCCUCUUAUUUCUCAUGAAGCUGGCAGAUUCACAUUUUGUCUUGUUCCUUCUCUUUUUGGCCAUGCAACUCUUCAACCACUUAUAAGAUAUUUUCAGACACAAAGUUUGGUAAUUCCAAUAUUCAUAAGCUCUUGUGCCACCAUUUGCUUUCACAUUGCUCUGUGUUGGGUUUUGGUGUUCAAGUCUGGAAAGGCAAACCUCGGAGGAGCAUUGGCAAUAAGUAUUUCCUAUUGGUUGAAUGUGAUUUUACUUGUAUUGUACAUAAACUUCUCUCCUUCCUGUGCAAAAACUCGGGCUCCAAUUUCUAUGGAGCUUUUUCAAGGGAUUGGAGAGUUCUUUCGUUUAGCCAUCCCUUCAGCUGUAAUGACCUGCCUUGAAGGGUGGUCAUAUGAACUGCUUAUUCUGAUGUCUGGACUUUUACCAAACCCACAGCUUGAAACCUCAACUCUCUCUAUAUGCCUAAGUACCAUUCAAACACUAUUUACAAUACCAUAUGGGCUAAGUGCUGCAGUAAGCACGAGAGUCUCGAAUGAACUAGGAGCUGGAAACGCACAAGCUGCUCGCAUCGCUACCUUUGUCGCAAUUUUGCUGACAAUCAUAGAGACAAGUAUAAUAAGCACAUCACUCUUUGCAAGCCGUCGUGUUUUUGGUUACUGUUUCAGCAAUGAGGAGAAAGUUGUUGAUCUUGUCAAAGCAAUGGCCCCUCUGGUUUGUGUAUCUGUUAUCCUAGAUGGCUUACAAGGAGUUCUUUCAGGUGUUGCUAGAGGAUGUGGGUGGCAGCAUAUAGGGGCUUUUAUAAACCUGGGGGCGUUUUAUCUUUUUGGAAUCCCAUUAGCUGCAAUAUUGGGUUUCUGGUUAAAGCUUAGAGGACAGGGCCUUUGGAUUGGCAUAAAUUCCGGUGUUUUUGUGCAAACACUUCUGUUGUCUCUUGCAACAAGCUUUACAAAUUGGGAAAAACAGGCAAGUAAGGCAAGGGAGAAGAUAUUUGAGUAUAGAUCUCUGAGAAAUGGAUCGGGGGACAGAGAAGAGCUAAAUUAGAAUUGUAUAAAAAUUGAACGUAUUUUUCUUACGCAUGGUUAUAACGGGAAAACAUAGGCGUGAAAUAUGAGAGAAAUAGUACUGGACUACUAGUCACCAUUUUGGCGCCUAAAAAUUUGUAUAACAUUCCGUUUUGUGGUUGCAUAUUGUUUUUGUUUGUUUGCGCAUGUAAUUUGUACCCAUUUGUACCACCAUUAUAUAUA